AUGUCGUGGGAACUUUCUCGCCGUCGCAUCGUGCGAGCUGCCAACAGCAAAUACAUUUACGGACGUCUCCCACUGCUUCACGCAGUCAUUAUUCUCAUCGAAAUGGCGCUCGUCGCCCGGUUGGUGUCCAAGUUCAACCAAUACUACGAUGAACGGCCACUGCUUACCAUGAUGGUGACCAACGCCAUUCUCGGUGGCAUCGCCGACACGACCGCACAAACAGUCACAGCUCUUCGUCUCAAGGCCGUCCGUAAGCCCGGCGGCGUCAACAAGGACGAUGGUAUCGCGAUCGAGAUUCACGACCUCGACCGCAAGAACCCUUUCUACGAGAAGGACCUCAUUCCCGACCACAGUAACCUCCCUCCCACAUUCGACUUUGAGCGCCUUACCCGUUUCAUGGCCUAUGGUUUCGGCAUGGCACCUCUCCAGUUCCGCUGGUUCAAGUUCUUGUCGACCACCUUCCCCAUCACCAAGACCAGCGCCUUCGUUCCCGCAAUGCAGAGAGUCGCCUUUGACCAGCUCAUCUUUGCGCCCUUUGGUCUGCUGUGCUUCUUCUCCGUCAUGACUGUCGCUGAGGGAGGUGGACGCCGCGCUGUGCUGAACAAGCUGCGCGACAUGUAUAUCCCCACGCUGAAGGCUAACUUCAUCGUUUGGCCUGCCGUGCAAGUUGUCAACUUCCGCCUGAUGCCGAUGCAGUUCCAACUGCCGUUCGUCUCCACAAUCGGUAUUGCCUGGACCGCCUACCUCUCCCUCACCAACUCGUCCACCGAGGUCGACAACCGCCCCGCCGCCCGCGAGGACGACCACAUUCGCCUCAACUAA